ACAUCCAUCAUUCAUAAUUCUACUAGACAUCCAUCAUUCCUGUGUUAGAGGCCGCUUCCUGUUCAUCUCUUUUUACUGUUUUUUCCUUUUCCUCCUUCACUUUUGGCUCUCUCUCACCAACGCCAGCGACAUUGCCUGAGCUACCGCUACCGCCACCGCUCUCCUAUUCUCCCAGUGGUGCUAGGUGGUGGUGGUUUUGGAAAGAUCACAAUCUCUGAAGGAAAUAUACACACAAUUUUUGUAUAUAUUAUUUUCUGCUGAAAAUUUGACAAUGGAAACUAAGCCUUCGAAUUCUCCAUCGAUCUUCGUCGAUCAUCUAGUUGUUCCAGGAGAUGUGGUUUUGGAUCUCUCAGGAAUGGCCAACCAAACAAUUAAGCUUGGAGGCGGUCUCCGACAGGACUGUGAUGCUAUAUCUGUGAUGAAGGCUGGGAUGCUGAGGUUUUCAAAGCCAAACAAAUAUUGGGUUGAAAGCUCCCAGAGAAGGUAUGUUCCUUGUGUGGGUGAUACUGUUCUUGGAAUUGUGGUAGACUCAAAAGCAGAUAAUUUCCUUGUGGACAUAAAAGGACAUGCAUUGGCAUUUUUGCCUGUGCUCGCGUUUGAGGGAGGAACUAGGAGAAACAUACCAAAGUUUGAGGUAGGUACUUUGAUCUAUGUUCGCAUUGUCAAGGCCAAUACUGGCAUGAACCUUGAGCUGUCAUGCACGGAUGCCACUGGGAAAGCAGCAGAAUUUGGUCCACUUAAAGAUGGAUACAUGUUUGAAUCAUCAACUGGCCUAUCACGAAUGCUGCUGAACUCCCCUACAUGUCCAGUUCUUGAAGCUCUAGGGAAGAAGCUCUCUUUCGAGAUAGCAGUAGGUUUGAAUGGCCGAGUUUGGGUAAAUGCCGCAUCUCCAUCGACAAUUAUUCUUGUUGCGAACGCAAUCAUGAAUUCAGAGUCAUUGAGUGGGGUGCAGCAAAAAAUUAUGGUGGAGAAACUGCUCCAGAGAGUGCAGUGAUGGAAGUAAGUCCACUACAACUAUGAUUCCACCUCAUUUUUCUUUAACUUUGUUUUGCUGAAUGUCAAGAUUAUAGUUCAGUUUUUCCAUCCCUGCCCUAGUGCAUAUAAUUAGAACACAUUUUUCCCUCACUUUUACCUAGUCUUUAGACAUCAAACAAUUGUAUCUUAUAAAAGCAUUCUGAUGCGAGCUGGAAAUUAUGUUAGUAAAUGUUAGCCAAUGUUGACAAGCAUUCUCAUGUUUGAAAAUGAGUAUUAUGGUACGU